ACAUCACAGUGUUUCCACUUUUCUGAGUCACUUCACCAACAGACCGCUGUUCUGGAGCUGCAAACAGUCUCUCAGUCUGAAUGGAAAACAGCACAUAGCCGUUCAUCCACAUCACAUUUCCCUCCUUUCAUCUCUGUCCUGCUGCAUUAACAGGAGAAAUUUCUUCCACAGCCUUUUCUCCUCCAGUCCACAGCCGCCUCACUACCUUCCAUCUCAUUCCGGUUCACAUGAAUCAGACUGAGGCUCGGGCAGCUUGCAGAGAAAAUUACAUUGAUCUCGUCACUCUGUACACUGAUGAAGACAACACUGAACUGUAUAAUAUGAUGACUUAUAUGUAUUGGGGAUGGAUCGGUCUCUAUCGCGGUCAGUUCAGUGAGAAAUGGUCUAAUGGUGAUCCUGUAACAUUCAGAAAUCUGACAGGGGAUUGUGGGACAUCGAGCUGCUGUGCUGCUGUGAAACCUGAUGGUUCAUGGGAAAGUCUUCAGUGCACAGUGACGAGAUAUUUCAUGUGCUAUGAACAAGCUGCUUCUUCUCAGACUCCUAAUUAUCAUCUAAUCCGUGAGAAUAAGACCUGGUUUGGUGCUCAGCGUUACUGCAGGGGGAAAUACACUGACCUGGUCAGCAUCAGAGAUCAGCAGCAAAAUGAAGAGGUGAAGAUUAAAGGGUUAAACAGCAGCACGUCCUUCUGGAUCGGCCUGCUGCGUGAUGACUGGCAGUGGACUGAUGGAGGAAACUCCACCUACAGAAACUGGGCGAGCGGUCAUCCUCAGCCAUCAUCACCAUACGACUGUGUACAAGUGAGGCGAGGGAGAUGGUAUUCAGUGCCAUGCAGUAGUAAUUAUUACUACACUCUGUGCUACGGUAAGUGUUGACUUUCCAAACAGUAAAAUCGUCUCAGCAAUCUUCUGUAUAAUGACUAGAACACAGCUGGUGUGAGUCUCUGUCUCUGAUAUCACUCUAAACCAUCCUCCUCCUUUUGGGUUUUUCUGUCUCUAUCAGCUUCCAUCCAUGUGAGUGAUGUG